AUCAGAGAAUAUAUACAUGGCUCCAGUCUCGUUGCCUCCUGGUUUUAGGUUCCAUCCAACGGAUGAAGAACUAAUCACCUACUAUCUCAAAAGAAAGAUCAACGGUCGUGAGAUCGAGCUAGAGAUUAUCCCUGAAGUAGACCUCUACAAGUGUGAGCCAUGGGACUUGCCAGGAAAAUCAUUGCUUCCUAGCAAAGACCAAGAGUGGUACUUCUUCAGCCCAAGGGACAGAAAGUACCCAAAUGGCUCAAGAACAAACCGGGCAACAAAAGGUGGUUAUUGGAAAGCCACGGGCAAAGACCGGCGGGUGAGUUGGAGAGACCGAGCCAUAGGAACCAAGAAAACAUUAGUCUAUUAUCGUGGUCGCGCCCCACAUGGUAUUAGGACCGGUUGGGUCAUGCAUGAAUAUCGCCUCGAUGAAACCGAAUGCGAGCCUACUGCGUUUGGCAUGCAGGAUGCAUAUGCACUUUGCCGCGUUUUUAAGAAGAUAAUCGUUGAAGCGAAACCAAGAGACCAACUUCAGCAGCAUCGUCAGCCUUACGUCCACACGAGCUCCAAUAUAAGUGGUAACUCAAGUUUUGACGUUUGUUCAGAUCUUGAAAUAAGUUCAAAUACACAUCAAGUUCAGCCUUAUAAUAACGCUACCGAUACUCAACCGCGAUUUGGAAACGCAAACGCAAUGGGUGAUCAUGAUGACUGGUCGCAAUACUUGUCACAAGACAUACCUACAAGCUUUUCAAAUUAUGGAUCCUCUUAUGGACCGUACCUCACUCAACCAAAGGUGAAUAUAGAAAUUGAAUGUGACAUGUUGCAACAUCAAAUGUCAUUGCCACCAUUGCGAGUAGAAAACUCGCCGGUUCAAACCAGCGAUUUCUCCAAUGGAAUGAAUCAAAACAGCGGUCAAUGCGGUUUCAACGACUUUACUUUCGCAACAAGUAACUCCACCCAGCACUAUAACAGCAACGUUGAUGAUCAUUUGAUAAACAUUGGAAAUCUCGAUGAACAAUUUCUCAAUGCUGGAGACUCGACAUGGAUGAGAAUGUCUAACGAAAAUUUAAAACAGAGUUUUAUAGAAGAAGAAGAGAUUUUGCCAAGUUUCGAGGAUAAUGAUCAAGAACUUGAAUUUUAUGGUGGAUCUCGGACCAAUACAAUCAACAACAUAGAGAUCGAUGAUUUUUUCUCGUUUGAGAACCGAGUAGAAGACAACGACAACUCAAACACAACCCUAAAUUCAUCAGGAUUCGGAAUGAUCGAGGAAGAGAUCAGAGUAAACCAUAAAAUGCUCAUUUGCACACGUCAAACAACGGAAGUUUUAUACUACCAAGUCGUACCAUCGCAGAUAUUGAAAAUACACAUAAACCCGGCUCAUGGAAUUGAAGAGAGCACUAUGCUGACGGAAGAAGGCAAGGAUUCUUGGUUCCAGAAGGCUGAAAAUGUUGCCAAGAUGAAACUGAAGCAGAUUAGUUUAGUUGCAAAACAUUAUUACAAAUGUCUCACAAUUAUUUUCUGA